AUGUCCCUCUUGGAGGUGCUGGCUGCGCCUUCGCCGGAGCUUGCUGGAUCAAGAAGCGGUGUCUUGCAGACAAGGGAGUGGGGGAGAACUAGUAGGGGGCAGUUUGUGAAGAGACAAGAAGAUGCUGGAGAUCAGGCCCAAUCAUCUGGAAGUACAUCGGCGGCGACAUCUGUCACAGAAUCCAUCGCAGCCUCUGACGCAUUGUCCACUGUCUCCUCAAGUGAAGACCCGACAUCGACUGCGUCGGCUACCCCUUCGACGUCGACUUUGUCCACGGAUUCUGAGACAAGGAGCUCACAAGCUGCCUCUACAUCACAAACAUCUCAAGAUUCAACCUCCUCUACCCAAUCAAGCUCAGCUGUAUCAAGCUCCGACAACAGCUCGAGUAGUGCGGCUCAAAGCGCUUCCCCAUCUACUUCACAAUCCUCUGCGACACAGUCGGCCUCGCCUUCUUCGGCCUCACAGUCACCCAGCACAUCGGCGCCUGCUUCCUCUUCGGCGACUGGCUCAUCAUCAUCGUCCUCGGCUGUUCAGUCAUCUGCCGCUGCAUCUUCGAGCUCUGCGAGCACAAUCUCGGCCGCUGCCAGCUCCCAAGCUACCUCGAGCCAAGCUCCCAGCUCCUCGCCAGCCAGCUCUACCCCAGUCAGCUCCAACCCAGCUAGUUCUUCCCCCACAAGCUUGGCGUCAGCCACAUCAGCGCCCGCCAGCUCCUCUCUGUCAAACUCUCAGAUAAGCAGCAGCUCAGCGCAGGGGUCUUCUGUCGGUUCCUCAUCAUCUCCUGUUUCUUCGUCUCCCGCCUCAUCAUCUGUGUCAUCGGGUUCCCCAUCAGCUUCCGCACAAUCGAGCUCUCAGAUAGCAGGGUCAUCAGCAACAGCGACAUCAAGUGUAUCAGGGUCAACCUCUGGCUCCACUACUUUGUCCGCCUCGCCCUCCGAAAGCACGUCCGCUGGAGUCAUUGUGACGCCUUCUGGUACCAGCUCGGGAUCAGGAAGUCUGUCAGCAUCUACUUCCCAACCUACUGGUGCCUCUUCUGUAGCCGACACGUCCUCCCUCGUCUCUGGGUCAACAUCGGCAGGGGUAUCGAGUUCAUCCGCCAGUCCCGACUCGUCUUCUUCUAACCCUUCGACCACCAGCGCAGGUAUCGCAGUCACUCCCACCUCUAAUGCUGCUUCCUCCAGCUCGAGCGCUGCCGCUGCUACAUCCAUACCCUCUCCCUCUUCCACGGCCGAUAUCCCCAUCACAGUCACGGCCACCAACACCUACAGCACUCCGUUCACGACAACCGACUCGGCUGGAUCAACCACGACAGGGCAGGGUGUCAGGACGGUGGUGGUGGUGGUCACGGCAAACCAGGCUAGCUCGACGCAGGCGGCUGCUACAAGCUUGGCAACUGCAAACGCAGAUCUGGAGACGGUCUAUGUGACUGCAACAAAUCCCGGGGCUUCAACGGGUAGCGACGGGGGUGUCGUAAUUGUCACUGUCACCCAGACCAACCCCACCACCGACCAGACUGGCGGCACAUCAGAUGUCGUCGAAACCAUCACGAAAGCCGUCCACGUCACAGUCGAAGCAGGUUAUACCUACACCGCAUAUUCCACCGCAGGUGAUGGCGGAUCCCUGCAAUCCAGCAACGCUGGGCAGCCAAGAUGGGACCACGCAUCGGGUCACCUUCUGGCUCUUGCCACCAUUACAUUGUCCAUCUUGUUCACGACACUGCUAUAA